UGGAAUAGACCAGCAGUACUUGAUCAACCAGGAUCUAUAGAAAAGAGCAUUGAUUGCUCUUAGUAACCACCAACGCGCAUCUUCAAUUUGAAGUUAACAUACCGCGGGCACUACGGCAUCAACUAUAUGAUUUGAUAACUUGAACAACUUGAAGUUGAACCUCAUAUCUACCAUAGCCACCAACUUGAACGUGGCAAACUGGAAACAUGCCACCAGAACCGCAAGGCUCAGCGCACGAGGCCACAAGCUCUCCAGCUCCUGUCUCAAAACCAACAUCAACAUCAACAUCAACAUCAACCCCAACCCCAGCCCCAAACCCAUCAUCUACCCCCCAUCAUCCCCGCAAACCCAAAAAGCCAACCCUCAACCCCCUCCACCAAGGCAUCCAAACCUUCAUGACCCAGCACAUGCCCCAUCAGACAGACCUCCUGUCUGAAACCUCACUCCCAAAACGCUUCACAAUCCACGAGCCCCUCCUCCUCCUCCCCGUCAACGCCCUAACCACACCCCCAGCCUGGCACGCAUUCUACGCAGCCCUCACCGCCCCACAACGCAACACCCUCUUCACCACAAUCCUGCAGUCCUUCAGCCGCUACAACCUCACGCACGUAGCGAUGAACGCGCCCAUCGCGCCCACGGACCCGGUCUCGGGCACCGAGAACCGAAUCCGCAGUCCGGGCGGGUUGAUCCCGCUGUAUGGGGACUUUGGGCCCUUACCUUCUCCUUCCGUUUCAUCAAGUCAGGGUGAAGGGGAGGGCGAGGAGGAGACGCUGGUGACGCGCCCAUCGCCCGAAGAUCUCGAGCAGGCGUUCUGGGUGCGGACCGUGCAGAACCACGGGAUCGUGCAGAUCUGGGCACCUUUGUACACUAUGUUCUCUAGGGGGAAUAUCACUGAGAAGGCGCGGAUUCUUGGGGCUGAGUUUGAGGGGCUGAGUGAGGCUCAGUUGGGUGGGCAGGGGGUCCAGGAGAUCAGUGUCGUUGAUAUGUAUGCUGGGAUUGGGUAUUUUGUUUACUCGUAUCUGAGGCGCGGGGUGAAGAGGGUUUGGGGGUUUGAGAUUAAUGGGUGGUCGGUUGAGGGCCUGCGGAGGGGGUGUAUUGAGAAUGGAUGGGGGUGUAGGGUUUUUCAGGUUGAUGGAGAUGAUGGGUCGUUGCUUGGGGGGUGCACGGUUAGGGAUGUGGUUGACGCCUUAAAGGGUCAUGAUGAUGUUCGGGUCGUGGUGUUUCAUGGUGAUAAUCGGUUUGCGGCGCGGAUUUUGGGGGAGGUGCGGCGGUGUAUGGGGGAGGAGUGGGCGAGGGUUAGGCAUGUUAAUCUCGGGUUGUUGCCUUCGUCUCAGGCGGCGUAUGGGAAUGCUUGUGCGAUUUUGGAUGCAGACAUGGGUGGCUGGGCGCAUGUUCAUGAAAACGUGGAUGUGCGGCGGAUUGAGGAGAAGAGGGAUGAGGUCACUGCUCAACUGGGCAGGUUGCGGGCUGAUGUGCUUGGGGUAGGGUCUGCCUCGGUGGCUGCUGUUGCGGCGGAGUGUCACCAUGUUGAGCAGGUCAAGACCUAUGCGCCGGGUGUGAUGCAUUGCGUGUUUGAUGUGCGAUUGGCGUCGAGAGGUGAGAUGACAGCCUCAAACCCUUCUUGAGAUUGACCCAACGUUGGCACAUCACACCAAUGCUUCUCGAACUUCAAUCUUCAGGCAGCGUAACCGACGCUCAAACUCAUAUCA